AUGGGCUUCCUCAGCGCUCUCGAUGCUAUUGCACAUGGUGGUAUUCAACAACCCGAAUCAUAUGUCAAAAAGAAGAAUUACACGUUCGAUAAAGAACUUGGUCGUGGUUCUUUUGGUUCAGUGCGCAAAGCUGUGCGGAUCAGUGACAAGAAAGAAGUGGCCAUCAAGAUCAUUUCAAAAAAGACAGUCAAAGGGCAUUUUGAUAUGGUGCUAUCAGAGAUGAAUGUUCUCAAGGACCUGAAUCAUCCCAAUGUGAUCGGAUUCUUUGACUUUUUCGAAUCACGUGACAAGUUUUACAUGGUCUUUGAAUUAGCUACUGGAGGUGAACUCUUUGAACGACUCUUUGAACGUGGCAAGUUCACCGAAAAGGAUGCAGUGGUGAUCGUUCGUGCUAUCUUGAAUGGCCUUCAAUAUCUUCAUUCCAAGAACAUUGUGCACCGGGAUAUGAAACCCGAGAAUCUGCUGUUUAAAACGCCCGAUGAAGAUGCAGAGCUGGUCAUUUGUGAUUUUGGUAUUGCAAAGCAAAGCGACGAUACAUCCAUGCUGCAUACUGUUUGUGGAUCCCCCCUUUAUGUUGCUCCUGAAGUUCUGAAACGAGAAAAUUAUGGUGCUCCCGUUGACUUGUGGGCGGUCGGGGUGAUCACCUAUAUGCUUUUGUGUGGCUAUCAACCUUUCCAAGCCGAAGAUCAAGUUGAGUUGAUGGAUGAGAUUACCAAUGCAAAAUACGAAUUUCAUGAGCGAUAUUGGAGAAAUAUUUCACAAGAUGCCAAAGACUUUAUCCGUAAAUUGUUGACGUUGGAGCCAUCAGCUCGUCUUACAGCCGAAGAAGCAUUGAAGGACAAGUGGAUGACUGGCUUGGAUGCCACCGAUAUUGAUAUCUUGCCUGCUGUACGUGAGAACUUCAACCCACGACGGACAUUGAAGAAUGCAGUGCGUGCUGUCAGUGCAAUGAAUCGUUUGAGAGCUGCAAGUAUCGAAAAACGAGGUGACGGUAAUGAAGAAAAGAAUGUCGCACAGCUUGCUAUCCUCAGAGCUAUGGCCGCCAACAAAAACAAGCAGCAGCAACAACCUGCCGCUCCUGCUGCUGCCGCCGCCGCUGUUCCAGCUACUACCCAGUAA